UUGUUUAUAUAUAAAAUCUCACUAACCUAUUCAUAAGUAAUUUAUGAAUUUGUAAUAGUAUAAUAUUUCUCAAAACAAAAAUGGGGAUACAAGUUUGGGAUGCUCUUGCUCUCAGUUACGAAAUUCGUGAUACAUGUUUUAUAUGUUUGUUUCAUUUUAAAUUUCUUUGGCUAUGAAUAUUAGUUUAUUUAUUUAAAGUUUUUGAUUAUUUGUGCCAUUAAUAAGUAACAAUAGAGAAUAAUUCAAAAUGGAGAUCAAAUAACAUUGGAGGUUACAAUUUAAAUCUGGAUUUUUUAGAUCAUCAGUUGAUUAUACUUGUCUAUUUUGGAAGGAUUUUUUGAAAAAUUUUGAAAAUUUCAAAUAGAUGAUGUUUAUUAACAACUGAGUGAACAAUGUUUAUUUCAUGUGUGAGCAGUUAAUUUCUCCAAAAAUACUGUCAACAAAGAAUUUAAACAAGAAAUCAUUGAAAAUGCCUGGUUGCGCUGCGAUAGGAUGUAAUAAUCGUAGCGAGAAAGGUUAUACAAUGAAAUGUUUCCCACGCGAUCCAAUAUUACGACAAAUAUGGAAAGAUCGUGUUGGAAGAGCCGAUUGGGAGCCAUCGAAUAAUUCAUUUUUGUGUCAUGCACAUUUUGCACCAAAUCAAUGGAUGGUGACACAAUGUGGAAGAUUGAAAUUAAGAAAAGGCGCUGUACCAUCGAUAUUUCGUGUUGUUUCCACUCGUAAAUCACCAAAUAAACGUCGAAGAUUGGGAAUAGUUGGUCGCAGUGAGGAUGAAGAAUUUGGAAUUGAAAUUGUCGACGACGAUGAGGAGAAUUAUAUUUAUGUUGAAACACCAGAUAUGGGAAGAAUACAAAAUAUUGGCGACGAGUCAAUUGUUUUUCUUGAUUCACAAAAUUCGCCAAUUCUUGCUAAUUUAAAGGGAAAAGAUGGUCAAUCAAUGAAUAAUGUUUAUCAAAUUAUUUCAAAUAAUUCAUUGAAUAAUCUUCAACAUGAAAAUGUAUUAGUUAUUUCUGACGAGAGUAAUAAUGAAAUUGGACAAUUUGUUCACAGUAAUGAUAAAUAUAUAAUAAUAAACAAUGAAAAUGAAGAUACAAACAAUCAAAUUCAACCAAUUGAAAUUGUUACAAAUCAAAUUCCUCACAAUCAGAGAAUAAAAGUUGAAGUCAAAGAUGAAGGACACGCGACGGCUGAUGAAAUUUACGAUGAAGUUGAAAGUAACAUGGAACGUAUUUACGAAGGUAUCAACAGCGAUGACGAAUCAACAAGUCAAAAGAGUUCGAGGCUUAAUAAAAAAUUGGAACAAAUUGAAGUUCUACAAAGAAGAGAUUUUAUAUUAAAUGGUAAAAAUGUUGAUAAUGAUGUCAAGAGUAUGUUGAGAAAUAGUAGAUCCGAUGAUAGUGAUGAGAUCAUUGUUAAUGUUGAUGAUAUUGAAGAUGAAGAUGAGGACGAUAUUGAUAUUGAAAAUACAAGUACAAAAGGAACUGAGGAAUUACCAAAUUUCGAAGCUGCACUACAACGUAAAAAGAAAGCUCGUGAAGAAACAAUGAAAUCAAUUGAAAGAUUUAUUUCCGAUUCAGUUAAUGAAUCAACUGAAAACGAUGUCACAGAGGCAAAUUCAUCAAAAUCAACAAAUGGAAAAUUUAAUAUUAAAUUCACCGAGGAAAUUGAAGAUAUUUCGGAUAUUAUGCGCGAUUUAGGUGAAAAACCAACGGAGAAAUGUCCAAUAGAAAUAAAUUAUCAAAAAAGACCCGUUAUUCGUAUGGAGAGAACUUUACAAAAAAUUAUUAAAACCGAACGCAUGAGUAAUUACGAUAGUGAAGAAACUAUAACCGAUCAAAUAAUUACUAUACCGCAAAAAUUACAAUUGAAAACUGAACAUUCCGAAUUUAUGAUAGUUGCUGAUUCAGAUUUUAUAAAUGAACAAAAUGAAAAUGUUGACAUUCAAAUUACAAAUAAACAAAAGAAAGACACAAAACGUGGAAUUAAACGAAAAUGUACAUCAGACUCGGAGGAAAAACUCGAUCCAUCAGAUCCUCAAUAUACAUUAAAAUUAAAAUUACAACAACAAAAAAAUACAAUUGCCAAACUCACUGAUCAUAUGUCAGCGUAUAAGGAUAUGGAAAAUAAAAUGCAAGAAAUUAACGAUGAAUUGAAAUUAAAGAAUCGUGAAAUUGUUAUUUUAUCAGCAAAAUUAAAUCGUAAGGAUAAUAUUGAUGAGCGUAGUGAUAGAAAUUUUGCCGCUCUACAUGCAUUAAUAAAAGAUUUAACGCAAAAAGUGAAAACAAUUGAAGAUGUUAAUAGACGAUUAUCGCGUACAAUAUCAGUGGAAAAUCAAAGUAAAAAAAGUUUAGAAUAUCAAAUAAGAGGUCGCGAUAAAUUAAUAAAGGAAUUAAAUUGGAAAGUUGAUAAAGCAUCAAAAUUACUUGAGCGCGCUGAAAGAAAUGCAAAUAAUUAUAAAAGACGAGUUAAUAAUAUGCGUUCAUUAUUGAAACGUAAAAAUUUUGAUCUUGUUCAUGAUAAACAAUCGUCAUUUGAUGUUUUAUUUGCCGAUUAUGUGAAACAUGAAUUUUCUGAAAAAUCAUUGGAAAUGGCUUGUGAAAUAAGAAAAUUAUGCGGUUCCAAUGGUUAUGAAAAAUUACUUGGUUAUAAUUUUCCUCUACCAUCAUUGAGAACAAUUAAAAGAAGAAUAUCGCGACCAUUAAAUGAAAAUGGAGGAAAUAAAUCAAAUAUUGAUACAAAUUUUUUUAAUGCAAUUGGUUUAAAUUCGUCAGAUUUGAAAAAUAUUCAAGCAGUCAUGAAAACGCCAGAAAAUAGUGUCACAGUAACGGGUACAGUACAAGAUAUUUUUAAUGAAGACGACAAUAUUGAAGAUAUGAGUGAAACCGAAGUGAUGAGUGAAAUGGAAUUAAAGGAACAUCUUUUCAAUUUUAUGCACGUUAAAUGAUGUCUAAAAUAACGAAAAAGAAAAAUGAGAAAAGGACUUUUUUUUGUGAAUUUUAAAGAAAAUUUUCAAAAUUUGUGUAAAUAGAACUUAAAAUUCAAUUUGUACAAAACGAAAAGUGUGUCCUUCUCGCUAAUUAAUAAACUUAAUGAUCGUUUA